AUGCUUUCGGUGGCGCAGAGUCGCGUCGGCACUGUGUUCGGAGGCGGCGGGGUCGUCGACGACGAUGGCGGGAGCCAACUUCAGAAUCAACCUGCGGAAGCGCGCCCCUACACUUCUCGUCCCCUCAACGCACGUCAAAGAGACCUCCCGUUACUCAACCCGUUACCUGCACCACCGUCGCGCGAACGACCAUGCUGGCAACUCUUUGGCUGGGGUCCGGACAACAAGGAUGGGCCUAUGGGUACUGGGGAUGAAUUCGCAGCGGAGAAGCCCAGACGGAGCAAGGUCGUGGAGAAAUUGAUCGAGGAUGGAGAAUUCGGCCUCAACAGAGCUGGCUUGGUCGCCGUUGCUGCCGGUGGAUUUUUCUCGCUCGUGGUGGACGAAGUUGGCCAGGUCUGGUCAUUCGGAAACAACGAAGUCGGUCAAUUGGGACGGACAACGGUCAAGAGCGCGGACGGUGUAGAAGUGGACUCAGAAACAUCCGUACCCCUGCACACACCCGUCCGCAUCCGCCGCCUCUCAGACGAGUUCUUCCGCGCCGUCCGAAUAGCAGCCGGCAGCUGCAUCGCGGCAGCUCUCAGCGACCGUGGCGAGCUGCGCGUAUGGGGGGCCUACUACUUCUCACAAAACAGCGGCGGCCAGAAGUUCAUGUUCUCCCCCCAUGUCGACACACAGCCCUUUCCGGUCCAUAUCCCCGAGCUCGUCGGGGAGCGCUUCUCCGACGUCGUGGCCGGCGCUAACCACCUCGUUCUCCUCACCGUCGACGGCGACGUCUACACGAUCGGCAAAGGGUCCGAGGGCCAGCUCGGCCACAAGGUACCCAAGGCGACGCCCACGCAGGGCACGGUGCCCUACAAGGUACUCCGGAACACGCACGGGCACCGCGCGGUCGCGAUCGGGGCCUCGAACGACACGUCCUUCUUCGUCGACCAGCAGGGCGACGUCUGGGUGUGGGGCCUGAACGGUUACGGGCAGACUGGCACAGGCAGCAAGCAGAACGUCCUGUGGUACCCGCACCAGGCGAAGCGCGUGCGCAGGAAGGACCUAGGGGGCAAGGCGACGGUCGUGCAGAUCGUGGGCGGCGAGCGGCAUACGCUGUUUCUGGCGUCCGACGGGCGAGUGUUCGCGUGCGGGAAUGCGGAGGAUGGGCAGUUCCAGCUCCCCGCUGGGGCGGAGGGCGACAUAGCGAAGGAGGUCGCGCGAGUCAGCGAGCCUGUGCCCGUGCAGUUUCCGCACGACGUCAAGGAGGACCCGGUCGUCCAGAUCGCCGCGUCAAACCGGAUGAAUGCGGCCAUUACAAGGGAUGGAGUGCUCUACACCUGGGGCUUGAACAGCGGGGGUAUGCUCGGGACCGAAGUCGAGUCGCCGGACGACAUCAUCAAAACGCCGAAGGUGAUCGUCCGUAGGGAAGGAUCGUGGCUAGCGAAGGCAGUUUCCUGUGGGGGCCAACAUUGUCUUGCGCUUCUGCGGAAGAAGCCUUGAGCUGUCUCGCGACGACCCUUUCCGGUACCUGUUGUUGUGACUACGUCGGUCGUGUCAGCCAGUUGUUCGGGUUUCAAUAUAUGUCCACAAGACAGCUACUCUCCUCCGCCAUACUCAAGCACAAACCUCCCUUGCAAGAAGCAUGUUAGCGAAAUACCCCUGCAUGACUGUAUCCUAAUCUGCUGCUAUAUUUCCUUCUUGAUUGCACUGUGUGGUUCUCUUGCCGUGUAACAUAUAGUAAUUGAGGCGGAGGCGAACAUCAUCCAUAUCAGUCUGUAUUUGUGCAAUCCAUCCCAAAGAGUGUCGAAAGCAUGUACAAGAAGUGGGUGGCCGAGUUUACCCUGGCCUACGUACGCAACCACGCCGUCUUUGCCAAUUUCUUCUGCUUUUUCUGUUCCUUGAACCGUUCCAGGUCCUUCUUUGUCGGCCUCUUCCGCUUCCUCCCUUCCUCCUCCUCAUGCGCCUCUUCGAGCUUGCGCUGUGCGACCUCGUUCUCCCACGCGUUCACGUCGAAGUAGAACUCGCUCAUCCGCUUCGCCCGCUCGUACUCGGACAGGUGCGUCGGGUCCCGGCCAUCGGGCCGCGCGAACGUCCCUGUACGCGCGUUGAACUUUGCCGUAUACGUGAAUGCGGCCGGGGUCGAAGAGCCGGCAGUGACGAGCGAAGGGUCGAGAUGGGCGAGCGCGGGGUCGAUGCCUUGUGCGGCAGCCGCGGUAUACAGGUCGUAGUUUGGGAUUGAGGAGGUAGGUUGUUGCUGGGAGGGUCCCGCUUUCGAGCUGGACGGUGCUUCCGAGGUGCUGGUGUUGGAGGGGCCUGCCUCAGCAGUAGGCUGGAGAGGGUUGACCCAUGUCGUUUCUUGCGUUACCGAGUUGUAGAAAUAGUAGGCACUGUGAGCAGGGGACCAUACCGCCUGCCAAGUGCCCUGAGAAGCCGCUGAUGCUGACGGGGACGCAGAAGAGGACUCGGAGGUAGACGUAGAGGCAGAGGCAGAUGCAGC